CAGCAAACAUGGACCCCCAGAGGGAGCAGCGCAUUGCCAUAGACACCCAUCACACAGACGUGUACGCUGCGUGCUCUCAACAUGGCAAGCCCAAGAGGAAGCUGCGCUACAUGCAGAAAGACGGCAGGUGUCCUGUGGAGUUCAAGACGAUCCCAGGGGAGUGGGGGGGCUACGUGACGGACAUCUUCACCACCCUGGUGGAGAUCCGCUGGAGGGUCAUGUUCCUCAUCUUCUCCCUCUCCAACAUCCUCUCCUGGCUCCUCUUUGGUCUCCUCUACUGGCUGACUGCCUAUGUGCACAACGACACCGAGGAUUCGGGCAAUCAACCCUGCAUGUACAACGUGCGCAGCUUCACCGCGUCCUUCCUGUUCUCCAUGGAGACCCAGGCGACCAUUGGCUACGGUUUCCGGGGCAUGACUGAAAACUGCCUGGUGGUCAUCAUCUUGGUGACGGUGCAGGUCGUGUCAAGUUGCUUCAUCGACACCGCGAUCAUCGGCGUCAUCGUGGCCAAGAUGGCGUCGGCCCGCAAGCGGGCGCAGACGGUGGGCUUCAGCAAGUGCGCUGUGGUCAACCUGCGAGACGGAGUGCUGUGUCUGUCGUGGCGUCUCGGAGACUUCCGGAGAAACCACAUCCUGGAGGGCACCGCCAGGGCCCAGCUGGUCCGCCACGUGAAGCACUCCUCCGGCAUGUUCUCAGUGUACCACAAGGACCUGGACAUAAAGGGCCGAGACAUCGUCUUGGCCACCCCCGCCACCCUGGUCCACAGGCUGGAGCCCGGGAGCCCACUGUACAGCAUGGGCCCAGACAGCCUUCUGGAGGAAGACUUUGAGCUGGUGUUGUCCUUCACGUACACUGGAGACUCCACAGGCAUCCUGCACCAGACCCGGACCACCUACACCCCAGCUGACAUCCACUGGGGCCAGCGUUUCCAGGACAUGCUGAGGCUAGGGGUUCGUCACUACAAGGUGGACUACGCCGUGUUUAACCAGACCACCUGGGUGCAGGUGCCAAUGGUCAGUGCUGAGGAGUGUGACAGGGAGAAACUGCCCAACGAGACCAUUCGAGCCCAGGGCUCCCUCCUCAGAAACCCUUCAGAGAUUGGCCAGAGCAAUGCUGAUGUCACAGAGGAAGUGAUCCAAGAAGCAUGGCUCUGAUGAACUGGCUUCAGAGGAAUGACAGACUUAAUGACGCUGGUGUGUACAGUAUGAUCUUAGGACAGUCACUUUUGUGUUUUUGUACAUAGGAAAACUAUUUAUAUUGAACUAUAUUAAAAAGACAUGUUUAGUAUGGAAAUGUAAGUGUGUGAUUUAUACGCUUUUCUUGAAUAAGGAAAGAAGAUGUUUUUUUUCUGCUGCUUAAGUUAAUAAUGUACAGGGACUCAGGAAGUUGAAAUCACAGACUUUUAUGUAACAAAAUUGAUUUUAGUGUAUGGUCUUCCAGUUGCUCUAGAUCACCACCUUGUGUCAAGCCACUUUUCCUUUGCAUUAGUUGCACGUGUUUAUAUGGCUCAAUAAAGUGUUAUGUUUAAACCGGCUGACCUUGACCCUCCAAGUAUUAUGUGUACGCUCUCUUUAUGUCUUUCCGUGAUGAUUAGAUUAGAUAGUCUGAAUUAUUUGAGGCAGUGUAACGAUGUUAUCAACGAUGGUGUGUAAAAUAAGUCAUUCAUUUACACUGUCUGAAUAA